ACCGUCCUCACGAUCAACUUCAGUUAAAGCAGUACAGGCGGAGUAGACGCCUGUCCGGGUGGAGAGCGCUCUGUUCACUUGAUUUGUAUCAGUAACGUUAACGUUGGAUCGGUGUCCGUGGCUCGCGACGUGAAUACUUGGGGAUGUUGUCUGCAUUUUUUUACGGAAAAGGAGCGAAAGCAAGAAUGUUAUUCCAGUGAUGGGAUUAUGAUACCAAUAAGGUUAUAUUGCAUACACAGUGUGAUUUGCUAUGGUGAUACUACGAGCUAACCCCAAGCUAGCAGAGGGAUUGUUUUGGGGGAUACUUUUUUGAACAACUGAUCCGCUGACACAUGCUUUAGAGACUUUUUGUGAAUCUUCAUCAAACUGGGACACAAAGGGGAAUGUCUAGCCAAGGAGUUAGGCGAAAUGGCCCAGUGAAGCUGCGGUUGACAGUCCUGUGUGCAAAGAACCUGGCUAAGAAAGACUUCUUCCGGUUGCCAGAUCCUUUUGCCAAAGUAGUGGUGGACGGCUCAGGACAAUGCCACUCUACAGAUACUGUGAGAAAUACGCUGGAUCCAAAGUGGAAUCAACAUUAUGAUCUAUACAUUGGAAAGGCGGACUCAAUCACUAUCAGUGUAUGGAACCACAAGAAGAUCCACAAAAAGCAGGGCGCAGGAUUCUUGGGCUGUGUCCGCCUCCUGUCCAACGCCAUCAACAGACUCAAAGACACUGGCUAUCAGAGACUGGAUCUGAAUAAGCUGGGCCCCAAUGACAACGAUACUGUGAGAGGACAAAUAGUUGUAAGUCUUCAGUCCAGAGAUCGCAUUGGCACAGGAGGGCCAGUGGUGGACUGCAGUCGCCUGUUCGACAAUGACUUACCCGACGGUUGGGAAGAGAGGAGGACAGCUUCUGGAAGGAUACAGUACCUGAACCAUAUCACACGUACCACACAAUGGGAGAGGCCUACCAGGCCAGCAUCAGAGUACUCAAGCCCGUCAGGGCGUCCACUGAGCUGCGUGGUAGACGAGAACACGCCUGUGAUGACGCCUGUUAAUGGAGCCGAGGCCAGUGGCCCGCCUGGUGAACAGCGGAUCCAGGAGAGACGAGUUCGAUCACAGCGGCAUCGUAACUACAUGAGUCGAACACACCUGCAUACACCACCUGACCUGCCAGAGGGUUAUGAGCAAAGAACAACUCAACAGGGUCAGGUGUACUUCCUUCACACACAGACUGGAGUCAGCACCUGGCAUGACCCCCGUGUGCCCAGGGACCUAAGCAAUGUGAACUGUGAGGAGCUGGGCCCACUGCCACCAGGCUGGGAAAUCAGAAACACAGCCACGGGCCGCGUCUACUUUGUUGACCACAACAAUCGUACAACACAGUUCACGGACCCGCGACUAUCCGCUAACCUGCAUCUAGUACUCAACCCAAGUCCGAAUGGUUCCCGUGUGGCCAUGGACAGCCAAAACACUAACCUCAGUCAUCCGACACAGUUGAAGGACCAGGGUGGUCCUGGGGCCCCUCAGCAACCCCUGUCCCCAGCCCAGCUGCCUGAAGAGGCUGAGUGCCUGACUGUGCCAAAAUACAAGAGAGACUUGGUGCAGAAGCUGAAGAUCCUGAGGCAGGAACUUUCUCAGCAACAACCCCAGGCUGGCCACUGCCGCAUCGAGGUCUGCCGUGAGGAGAUAUUUGAGGAGUCAUACCGACAAGUGAUGAAAAUGCGUCCAAAGGAUCUCUGGAAAAGACUGAUGAUCAAAUUCAGAGGAGAAGAGGGACUGGACUAUGGCGGAGUAGCAAGGGAAUGGUUAUACCUGCUGUCCCAUGAGAUGCUGAACCCCUACUACGGCCUGUUCCAGUACUCCAGGGAUGACAUCUACACUCUACAGAUUAACCCUGACUCUGCUGUCAACCCGGAGCACCUGUCGUACUUCCACUUCGUGGGUCGCAUAAUGGGCAUGGCAGUGUUCCACGGCCACUACAUUGACGGAGGCUUCACCCUGCCCUUCUACAAACAGCUGUUGGGCAAGCCGAUCACGCUGGAUGAUAUGGAGUCUGUCGACCCCGACCUCCACAACAGCCUCGUCUGGAUCCUGGACAAUGACAUCACUGGGGUCCUGGACCAUACUUUCUGUGUAGAGCACAACGCUUAUGGAGAAAUCAUCCAGCACGAGCUCAAACCCAACGGCAAGAGUAUCCCUGUCUCAGAGGACACCAAGAAGGAGUAUGUCAGGUUGUAUGUGAACUGGCGUUUCCUGCAUGGCAUCGAGGCUCAGUUUCUAGCCUUGCAGAAAGGCUUUAAUGAGGUUAUUCCUCAACACCUGCUCAAAUCUUUCGAUGAGAAAGAACUGGAGCUGAUAGUGUGUGGCCUGGGAAAAAUCGACAUCUCUGACUGGAAGUCCAACACCCGUCUGAAGCAUUGCACCCCUGACAGCAACAUUGUCAAGUGGUUUUGGAAAGCCGUGGAGUCAUUUGAUGAGGAGAGGAGGGCCCGGCUACUGCAGUUUGUCACAGGCUCAUCCAGAGUCCCACUGCAAGGCUUCAAGGCUUUACAGGGUGCUGCAGGGCCCAGACUCUUCACCAUUCACCAGAUUGAUGCUAACACCAACAACCUGCCCAAAGCCCAUACCUGCUUCAAUCGGAUUGACAUUCCGCCCUAUGAGAGCUAUGACAAGCUAUACGACAAGCUGCUGACGGCGAUCGAGGAGACGUGUGGCUUCGCAGUGGAAUGAGAGACACAGUGGAGAGUGCGUUUGUGUGUGACAUGAGAACAUGUGUAACUGUGUGCAGGACUUUUUGAUAGACUUUUGCUGUCACUGCAGCAUGUUGACAGGCUCACUCAGAGCCUGAUCCUUGAGUCUUUGACCAGCCUGCAGUCUUCCUCUCUUCUCACUGCUCCUCACAUUCUUCUCUUAUCGAUAUCUGUUUGAACAGCUGCUAGAGAGUCGUCCCGUCAUUUAUUUUCUCCUCAUCCUUUUUUGUUUUGUUUUGGUGUAGUUUGUGUGAAAUAGAGAGAGCAAAUUAAAAGCUGUUAAGAGAGGCAGCAUUUUGUCAACAGCUGUGUGUUUGCAUUCAUGAAAUCCAAUCAAAUCAGAAGUUUAUCCACUUACAGUUCAACAUCGAACAAAAGUGUUUCUUUUGAAAAUUCUUCGUAGACAUUUGAGAACAAUUAGUCACUGUUUGUAUUGCAAUUUAAACUGACAGAACUGAUCAUUGACAUGCUACUGAAUCUCGAACACUGCAGAUAGCCAUACCUUGCCCUUUGUAGCCAUCUUAACCUCAACCAAUACAUCUUCCAGUCCUCAUGGCUGCAGAGUUGGUGUGCUUCAUCUUGAAGCGCCACAAAUUCAUCCUACCUCAGUGUGUAUUAUGUGAUAUUUGAAUGGUUUCAUUCCAAAAUGUUUCAUAUUCUCUAACGGAAAAUUAAUUUAAUUCAAAUUCGGAAUAGAAAAUGUUUAGUUCUUAUAGCAAUGUUUUCCAGUUAGUUUGUCGUACCAGCAGUCAUUUUGUAACUUUAAAACCAUAAAAAUGUGAAUAUAUCAUUUUGAAAUGGAACUCAUGCAGACUGACUUGGAUGUGGGUCUGAUGUUUUGUGGCGUUUUUGGAGUUGAGCUUUCAGUGGCUUGGUUAAAGAUUAGGGACAGACUCUGGUUAAGAAGAAUCUUUUUUUCCCCUCACUGACUGCAGUGUGGCCACAGGGCUUCUAAACGUGUUCAUCUGUAUGUUUCUGCAUGUACGUACAAUUGUGUGCUUGUAUGCAAGGAAGGUAGACAUUUUAGAGAUGAAUUUCCCAUCACCUCUACUAGCACAAUAUUGCAUAUUUGAAGCUGCAGAGAUGAUUGAACCUCACUUUUUGAGUCUGGCUCAUGUUCAUUUUCUUUCAUUUACACAUUUGCCUUCAGCAGUUCCAAAGUAUGCAUGUUUUUUUGUUUUUUUUUGUUAAAUUUCAUUUUAAUCAACCCAGCAUAACCCAGCACACUUUCUGUCUGAUUAUAUGUGAAAAGGGCACAACUGUCCAUGGAACCAGGCUUGAUAAGAAGCUAUUCAAAGGCAGGCAUCUAUUUUCAGCCACAUGAUGGUCAAUUUUAAAAGGCAGAAGUAUUUCUUUCUCUCCAUCAUGUCACUUUAGUGCACUUUACAAACUGAGCAGUGAUGGCAGGAGUGCUUUCUUCACAUUAGAUAAAAAUGUAUGUUUCAUGUUGUGUGUUUCAUUUGCUAUACAACUACAUUAGAAAUAUACAGAGUAAGAAGUAUCUAUACACGUGUAAUUUUUGAGUAUAUAUGUACAAAUACAUAGCUAUUUUGUAUAUUGUUGCUUGUUCUUUCUGUUCAGUUUAAAUGCAAGCAUGUUGGUGUCUGUCACAGACCUAUUUGCAUUCUCAGGUGAAGUUGUCCUUUGUUUUGUUUGUUUUGUUUUUUUUUUUAUUUUACAUUUAUUAGGGUCGUAUGUGAGGAGUGGCAGAACUGGUUUCAGUGAAAACUAUUUCACAGGCCCUGUCUUUAACCCGUGACGAAAUGUAAAAGUCAGUUUAAAGUGAUCUUUUCUUUUAAUCAGUCACUUUCAUGUAUUAACACAAACAAACUUUCAUAGGAGAACAUGUAUGGCCAUAUUUGCUCCUCUGGAGGUCUGUGUCACUGAUGAAUACCGAACAGCACAGUUGACAAUAUUAUUUCAUAUGCAUGGUGGAGGUGGGAUCCAGAGAAUCUGGAGAGAUCUCUGAAUGCUGAUAGUGACCUCAAAAAAAUCAGAGCUGCAAAUGUUGGAGAUUGACUGCUGCUGAACUCCUGGGUGCUACAUGGUGAAAAUGUUGAGCAAAAAUAAAAUGUUACUAAAAGCCAGAGAAGCAACAGUGAGGACCACUUCCACGACUAGAGUCUCAAUCCAAAGAAAACCCUCUGCAUGAAUGGAUGCUCAAGAGAUGAUGCCUAUUUAUUUGCAUAAUAAUUAUUCUUAGAAAAUGUUUUGACUUGGAAAAAAUUGGUUAAAUGUUCUUUUGGUAUGUAUGCUGCCUGCAUUUAUUUGUAACCAUGAACAGUUUGUUUGCUGGUACUCAGAAAUAGAAACUCAGAGGUUUUUUUUUUUUUUUUCUCCUUUUUGUGGUCAUCAUUAGCUAAAACAGACAACCAGAACGGAGUACAUUGAAAUUGUCUUUGUAGAGUUGCAGUGAAUUUAUUUGAUUUUAUCUUUAAUAACCUGACUCAGAGGCAGAAAAGAAAUGCAUUACAAUUUUUUUGCACAUAUUAUGCAUACUUGGGCUCCAAGUUAUAAUCAGACACUUCCUUCUAUUUACCAAAUAGUUAAUGGACUGAUUUUUUUUAAAAAAUAUACAUACAUACACAUGCGUUCUUGAUAUGCACACAUAUAUUUGUCCACUUCUGUUCUUUGUUACUUUUUGUUGGCUCCAAGUUUUCUGGCUGGUUCAGUCUUCAGUGCAGAAGUUGUGGGGAUUGAGUACUUCCAGAUGAGGGGAAAUCACAUUUGGUUAAACAGCCAAAUUGGUCAUACGUCAUUGCCAAUUUACACGUAGUUGUUCAUUUUUAUUCAAGCUUAAAACAUCUUUGAUAAAGAUAUUUUUUUAUCUCUAAUUGAUCUGAUAAUUGAAUAUAUUGAGAGACAUUUCUUGUCAGAAAUCAAGUACUUUGUUGAGUUUAAUUGUUUAAUUAAUUACAAACUACAACUAUCUGUGUAAUGUUCAGCAAACUUUCUCCCUACACUUAAAAGUACAAACAUGUGAAUGAGCUUUGGUUGGAUUCAGAACAAAACAGAAGAAACUGCACCAUGUUUUAUUUCUUUUUAUUUCCUAUCUGUUUUGUAUUUAUUAUUACAGUAUACGUGUUCAUGGUUUUUCCACAUCAGCUGCUCUGUGAGCUUGUAACUGACACCUGUACAUAAGGACAAUAAAGAAGCAAAGUAAUACACUUAUUGUAUCCUUACAGAAAGCUGAGCAAUAAAACUAUGCUGUUUGGACCUCACAGCAUCAAGUUUUAUAGAA